CUGUUAAUACUCCUAUAUAUAUCCUCUCUUACAUCUCAUCAUCUCAUCAAUUCAUAUUCAUUUUCUUCUAAGCUUAUUAUUCUUUGCUCUCAUUUUAUUUCCCUAUUUUUGUUCAUUCCAUAUCCAUUUUCAUUUCCUACAAAUGGCCACUGAGGUUGCACAAAGCACUACAUUGCCUGAGGUUCAGGCACCUGCACCAGUUGAGGUGAUCAAGACUGAGGCACCAACCACAGAAACCGCAGAAGUUGUAGAAGCACCAGUAGCUGCAACUGAGGCUCCACCUUCUGAGGAAGCACCAGCAGAAGUUGCUGCUGAAACCGUUGAGGCAGCUGCUGAAGUCCCAGCAGAAACCGAAGCUCCAGCAGUAACAGCCGAGCCAGAAAAGGAAGCCGAGGCAGAGGUAAAGGCAGAGCCAGAGGCAGAGCCAGAAGUAGAGAAGAAGGAAGAAGAAGCUGCCCCACCAGCUGAAGAAGAGAAGGCUGCAGUUGAAGAGACCAGCGAAGUGACCCCCACCGAGGCCACUGAAGCACCAGCAGCUGAAGAAGCUAGUAAUGUCGAGGAAGAGAAACCCGUCGAAGCACCAGCAGCAGCUGCAGCAGAGGAGACCACCAGCACUGAGGUUCCAGUUGAAAAGUCUGAAGAGUAAACUUGAUUAAAAGGGUGUGAGAUGGUCUCUUUUUCUCUAAAUAUUUCUUAGGGUUGCAUUUGGGGUUGAUCAGUUUUUUAUUCUUACAAGAAUUUUAUUUACUUACUAGUAUUACCAUUGCUAUUAAUAUUUAUUAUUUUAAUUAAUUUUGAGGCAAAAGCUUUGGUUGGGUUUUAUUGAAGAUCAUUAUAUAUAUAUAUGUGUGUGUAUAUAUAUAUAUAUACACACAUCAAAGCUAUUGGGUUAUGAUGUGCCCUUGCUUAUGAAUGCUGGGUACAAAGUUUACAACCCAAAGAGCAGGAAUUUGAGAGUUUGAUAUUGUACUGGCUUUGGUAAUGGAAUAAUAAUGAUAUUAUUAUAAUUAUAAUUUUGAGGUUA